GAUAACUUUUCCUGGAUAACCCUUCGAAUCCUGUCUAAAGAAUUCAACUCCCAACCAACACAUUCACGAAAUAAAAUUCACAAGUCUGCUACGCCCUAGUAGAUUUAACAUUUUUCUCACGUUAGUGGCAUUCGGUUCCCACUGAAGAGUUCUGGGAUAAAAUCAUAUAGUAUGAGCUCUCUGAUGAUAAUCUGGUGUGUGAUUUGCAGGUUAGUGUUGUUUGCGUCUGUAAUGGUUGCUGGUUAGUUAUUUGGUAAUGAAUCGUCUUCAGGUUUUAGAGCUGAUUUUGUUGCGAGUCUUGCGACUCGUGCCGUUGUGAGUGUGGCCCACCUCCUGGGGCUCACCAACUCGUUAUAGUCGCAUCGGAAAUUGGGAAAGUUCAUUUGGGUUCUCACGUGUUAUCAUUUCCCCCCCAGACUACAACAUCAUUUUUCCUUUCAGUUAAAAUUGACGAUAUAGCUGGAAACUAGCUUUUCUCUUUUUAUCAUGGCGAGACGAUCGUCUUCAAAGGUAGCCGGUGUAAGCCAAGUGUGCGAGACAGGUUGCAGCUCACGACUGUGCAGAAUCUUGAAUUUUCGAGAAGGUCAAACCACGAGAAGAUUGGUUUCUAAUACGGGACAUUCGAAUAUACAUGCCAUUGCUGCAGAUAAUGUAAACUCAGGAAGUAGCCCGGAUGUGCUAGCCAUAGUUGACGAGAAGUGCGCUCACAAUCACGCUAAAGUAAAUUCCAAGAGGAGUUAUCAUGGUUGUAAGAGUAUAAGCUGUGUGAAGGUUACUGACCAGGUAACAACAGUUCAGGGAAAUGAAGCAACAAACAAGGUUGUAACUCAGAAUUUCAUCAACUGGAAAUCUCUACGCAAAGAUGGAGCAAUCUCCCAACCCCAUCAAUUCUUCGAUGCUUUACAGAUUUUAUACCCAAACAAGGAACUCCUCCUAAAAAUUCAAGACGAAAACUCUCAAUCAGUAAAUGAACAGUAUCAGGCAGGGCAAAAAAUGUUGACCAGAUUUCCCUUUGAGUCCAAAUGGAUCAACUCUCAAAGAAGUUAUGCAACUCAACGUGAAACUCCGUACGCUGGCUGUCACUGUCCUCUUCAUUCUCCUGGGACAUAUAAUGUGCCAUCUGUGAAGCACUCACAUUUUCCUUUUUCCCAUGCAAGGGGAAAUUUAAGGCAUGCCAUGGGAUUAAGGAAAAAAGGACGGUGGUGGGAGACUGCUGAUAAAAUGUUGCGUAAACUUCCCUAUAGUUGCCAAGGAAUUAAAGAUGGUGAUAAAGCACAGGGAUUGGAGAGUGUUGGGAGGAAAUCAGUCAGUAGUGUCCAUUUUGGUUUUGGAAAAGGGGGGAAGUUAUCACUUGACUUCAAGGAGAGAGAGAGAAUGAAGAUAAGAGACUUUAUGUUAUGUAGAGGGCAGAACGCUGUUUCGGCUCAUGAAAGUUGUGGUAGGAACAUAACAAGAACUUCAGUCAGCCCUUCACUGCAAAAUAAACAGAACAUGCAUGUUGAGUCUACGGAAAAUCUGUCUGAGAUAUUAAAUUGCAGAAUUGAGGAGCAGAACAAUGAACCACCAGCGGCUGCUGUGAAGACAGUUAAAAAUGAUUUGCAUAGUGUCAAAGAAAUUGUCGAAAGGAGUCCUCCUGACAGUAGUUAUGCAUAUUAUGGGAUUUCAACAGGUUUCGAGAAGUUCAUAAAAUCUGGUAGUGACUUACAUCCCAAAGGAAUCAGACAUAUGGAUGUGCCCUCUGAACAAGGUAGCAGAAAUAUGCACAGUCCCACUCAGAGCUUUGACGUGGAUAUUACAAGUGAAGGAAAUGGACCUUUUAUGGAUUCACCUAAUGUGGUCGAUGAUCUGAGCUCCUCACCAGAAGUUGCUUCAUCAAGCUCUUCAUCUAGUCAGAGUGCAGAUGAUCCUACGGACAUGAGAAACAUAAUUGAUGAGCGCCUCAGUGCUAAAUCUGCUACUAAGCAAGUUAUGAGAGGGGAAAUCACCAAUCCACCAACCGCAGCUUCCCAACCUGAUGAGCUGCCAAUUCAAACAGUAAAUGGUAAUUCUAAAGAACACCACUCUGUUGAUCUUACAAGAUCCUCUUCGGGUCUUGUGGAUGAUUUAAUUACAUCAAGGGACAUGUCAGUGUCAGGCUGCGACGGGGAAAUUUUGAGGUCGUUGAGCCUGAAAUGGGAUGAACUGGUGAUGAAGUGUGAGUUACCAGAUCAUUUACUGGAUCCUUCCGCCUUUGAGGAACUAAAAAGGUUGACGAACCAACUCUCUUACACUACAAUCUUGUUUGACUAUGUCAUGGAAGUCUUCAUGGAGCGGUACCAGCACUUGUGUAGAUUUCCGCAUCAUAUUUCGAUCGAGAAACCAAAUGUCCAAGCAUAUGUCUUGAAGAGAAUCAUGGUUCAUGAGGUUAAAAAAUUCAUUGACUUGCAUUAUCACCAGCACCAUCGUCCACCACCAAGAACGCUAGAACAGCUUGUCGAAAAGGAGUUGAAUAAACGGCGAUCAUGGCUAAAUGUUCAGGUUGAUAUUGAUGAUAUUGCGACAGAAGUGCAGGAAGAUGUUCUCCAAUCACUAAUAUUGGAAAUUAUAUCUGAGAUGGAUACCAGAGAAGCGUGAUACAUUGUGAUAUAUCAAAUAUGAACCAAUGCCUGCAACCUACAUCAGUCGCGGGAUUAUUACGCCGCUUACAAGGGUUUACAGACAUCAUUUCUUUGUUAAUCGCAAAAUGUUGUGAGCCACUAAAUUUACUUAAGCAUAAUUUUUGUCAGUUGGUUUUGAAGAACAAAACAAGCUUGAUUGCUUGAUUGCCUUUGGAAGAUUACAAGUUUACUUGUGGAGUACAGACAUCAGCAAGGCCAACCACUUCACGAGAAAUACUUAGAUUGACAGGUGCACACGUCAUUUGUAGUUGUCCAAUUAAAAUGUUAUAAAUAAUUUAAAUAAAAUCAUGUGUGAUAUUUUUUAAA